AACAACCUUGUUUUGCCGUCAUUGUCAGGACCGAUAUUCAUUGCCUUUGAGCUCCAUUGUGGAUCAUGGCGUAUACGUGUACUCCACUGGCGCCACAAUGCAUCACGUAAGUUAUACUAAUAUUAUUGACAUACACUAGUACCAUCGACAUUACACCUGUUCCCGAAUUUAAAAGGAAUUAGUUGCAUUCUGUGCCGAUCUACGGGAAGUGCAUUUGGAAUAUUCUCCCACCAUGGAGGACAAGCAUACAACGCCCUAUCAGCUGGCGCUCGAGGACUCUGUCGCCUCCAAGUCUCACAGUAAGAUCCCCCUCAUUUUGCUGGGGAUCUUCGCCGCUGCCACCAUCGUCCUAACGGUCACCACAAUUGUUUUCGUGCUACAAAAGAACGACAUUGCCGCCGAACUGGACAAACUGAAGGCGAAUAAACCACCGGUGCUCGUGGAUCUGGAUCGGGCGGUCUGCACGACGAAGCAAUGCUAUGACUCCGCGUAUGAAUACCUGAGUAAUAUGAAUCAGAGCGUGAAUCCCUGCGAUAACUUCUACGAGUACGGCUGCGGUGGCUGGGUCCAGCGCUACGCCGCGCGGAACAUGACUGGCUCCUAUACAAAUAUCUUGACUGUCCUGGGAGACGAAUUGACAGACAAGUUGAAAGUUAUAUUUGAACGGAGUCCCGUUGCCGGCGAACCCUCGUCGUAUCACAUCGUAAGGAACGACUACCAGUCUUGCGUAGACAUAAACACCAUCAACGCGUUGGGAGCCAAACCUCUGACGGACGUGCUGACUUCGCUGGGCGGCUGGCCGGUGCUGGGGUCUAUCCCUGCCGGCGGUAACUGGAACGCCACCGAAUUCGACUUCGAGAAACUCUGGGCCGCCAUCAGGGGCACAUACGACGUGAAUUUGAUUGUGGCCACGAGCACAUAUCCCGAUCCCAACAACACUGCCAAAUACAAGUUGGAUGCGUUCCUUCCUGAGUUUGUGGUCCCGUCGGUCGACAUCGACAGGACGCUGAGCCAGGAUGUGAGGGCCCUGAUUGACGAGCGAGAAGAUUCUAGGAGCUUGGCGGUGAGAAUUCUUUUGGACGAGAACUAUUCGAAGGAGAGAAAAGCAUACCUCCAGUACAUGAUCGACAUUGCCGUGGCUCUUGGAGCAAACGAGACAGUAGCGAAGGAGGAUAUGACGAAACUCAUCGAGUUCGAGUCGCAUAUGGCUAACUUGACUGUGUUACAUCCGGACGAUGGAAUUAAGUACGUUGAAUACACCUUCAAGCAAAUUGGAAUGGGUGUGAUCAACUGGACGCGUUUCUAUCAACUAAUGUUGCCGGCAAGUGUCAACCCAGGAGUUACAGACGACGAGCCCAUCGUCAACUACAGGCCGGACUACAUUGGCAACGUCACCUUGUGGCUCAGAGACCAAGACGACAGGGUCAAGGCCAACUACAUGAUCUGGCGUCUGGUGAGUGAGCUGGUCCCCUUCAUGAGCGAGACAUUCCUAGCCAUCGAGCAAAAGUACCAAGAGGUAGCGGACGGCACGUCGGCUGCCACGCCUCGCUGGAAGACAUGCGCCAAGAACGCCAAUAAGAUAUACAAGUAUAUCAGCGGUAGAAUGUACGUGGAAGACCACUUCCCUGAGGAUGCUAAACAGAAGACGCUUGAAUUGGUUCGCAAUUUGCAGACUGCUUUCAAGUCCAUGCUGAAAACAAAUGACUGGAUGCAGGAGGCAGACAAGGCGGUGGCUAUUGAAAAGGCAGAUGCUAUGGACAUCGCAAUUGGUUACCCAGAAUGGAUCAAAGACAACGCCAAGCUAGAUGCGAAGUAUGCCGAUGUGACUGCCAAGGACGAUGAGUAUUUACAGAAUAACGUGAGAUACCGCGAGUGGACAUCCCAGGGUGAAAUGGCGCUCUUGCGUCAAGACGUGAACAAAAAUGAAUCACUGUGGGCUACCCGUGGGCCGGCCGUCGUCAACGCUUUCCAUUCUCCGUACGUUAAUGGAAUAUGCUUCCCCGCGGGCAUUCUUCAACCGCCUUUCUACCACAAGGAUCUCCCCUGGUACUCCAAUUAUGGUGGAAUCGGUGUCGUCAUUGGGCACGAGAUAACCCACGGUUUUGACAACAGGGGGAGACGGUUCGACAAAGACGGCAACAAUAAAGUCUGGUGGAGUCAAGAGUCCAUCGACAAUUUCGUGGAGAAGAAGCAGUGUAUCAUCGACCAGUACUCCGAAUUCGUCAUGCCGCAAAACAACAGGAAGCUGAACGGAGAUAGGACGCAGGCUGAAAACAUUGCUGACAACGGAGGCCUGAGAGAGUCCUACAAGGCCUACAUGGACAACAUACCCGAGCAACCUCGUCUCCCCGGCAUUGACUUCACCGAAGAGCAGAUGUUCUUCCUGUCAUAUGCCCAGCUUUGGUGCCAGGCGUUGACACUGAAGGGCGUAGAUGAGUACGUGGACAAGUGGAAGCACAGUCCCGGCAGAUACAGAACCAUCGGUCCGCUGCAGAACAACGAGGCGUUCAACGCUGCGUUCAACUGUCCGGCUGGAAGCUACAUGAACCCGGAAGUCAAAUGCAAAGUCUGGUAGCCUAUUACUUCCUCCAAGAAUAGACCUUUUGUGAAGCAGCCAUCUUAAAGGGCUUAUUUGUUGUUUUAAUUCAGUAACAAUGAAUUCACAAAAGGGUCAGGCAAGAUUACCAUAUGCGAAGU